CGCGCGCUCGUCUCAGUCCCGCUCUGCCGUCGCGCCACGACGACGCCCGCUAGUCGCGAACCUCCGCUCGAUCCGAACGCUCGCUGCACCGACUCCGCGCGCGGCGAAAAUAGUGAGCUCGGUCAUUCGCCGGGAGCGAAGAGGCCGAUACGAGAUUCUAGUGCGAGCAGUGCGGCGUGAUGCUGCCCGCCGUGCUGGUGCUGGCGCUGGCGGCGCUGGCUCCGCCGGCCGCCGCGCGCCGACACGCGCCCGACUUGCGCGAGGACGAGCCCGCCCGCCGCACCACGAGACCAGCCGAAUGCCAGUUCGGCAAACAAGCCAAGGAGCUAGGCUCCAAAUGGUUCGCGGACCUCGGCCCGCCUUUCGGAGUUAUGUACUGCAUCCAAUGUGAGUGUGUUUCGGUUCAAAAGAAACGUCGCGUAAUGGCAAAAGUACACUGUCGCAAUAUCAAGAACGAAUGUCCGGAGCCGUCGUGUGACACCCCCGUGCUGCUGCCCGGUCGGUGCUGUAAAACUUGUCCAGGGGAUGACACACCUGAGGAUAGCCCGAUGGUUGUUAUGGGUCCUGAAGAAGACGAAUUAAGUAUGAAACAUUUUGCUGCGCUUUUGACGGGUCGGUCUCCGCUAUGCAUCCGUCGCGAUGACAUGACCGGUGUGCCAGUGGCUCCAGGGGUGGCCACAGCUCGUUUCACUUUCCGACGACGCCACCUGUAUUGGUCGGUGAUAUUGGGUCCUUCGAUGACACCCCCAAGGGCUCUGUCCUUUCUUGACAGAGGGGAGAGAUUAUUGCUUGAGCAUCCUUUGAAGAAGGCGAAAGGAGUCCAUGCGACAUACGAAGAGAAAACAGAGAAGUUGUGCGGCGUCUGGCGCCGGGUCCCUCGCGAGUACAAGCGGUUGCUCCGCGAGGGCUCCUUAUACGUGGCUUUGAUAUGGGGUGAUGAGAAGAACAGCUCUAUGGACAGUACCUUGAGCGGCCGCAUUAACAGGUACCCGGCAUUAUCCACGGAAAUGUUCACGUCACUCCUAGAGCCCGAACAACCACCUUCAGGUUUCGAAAACGGAGCUUGUGACGACGUCCGCAUACCUGGCCAAGAACCAGGAUGGUGGGGCGGAACCGCAGUGGUGACUGGGGCCGCGGGAGCGGCGCCCAGCUUACACCUAGCUCUGAUUUACAAUGGAGUCUUCCCGCCGACCGGUAAAGAUUAUGCUGUCAGAGUGAUGCUCACACUGCCGGACAAAAACCAAACGAUUAUAGACGAGAUCCAACCUGUGUCUAAACCAAGCUAUGAGAUAAAUAUCCUCGAAGUGUCUACCCCGGUAUCAGCAGCAGAACUACGCUCACUAUCUCGGGGCCGUCUACUUCUGACUGUGGAAGCAGAAGGAGCCCCUGAGCGCCGCAUUUCAGGAAGCGUCAGGCAAAGGGCUGCCUGUGAGGUGUUCCAUUCCCCACUGCUAGCAGAAAGAGCACCUGCCUCACUUGCUCCUGAGGGCAUGGCUGUGCUGUACAUUGAUAAGGAGGGAUCGCUUGUGUAUGACAUACAGGUCGAAAAUUUGGGAAUCACUGAUCCAAAGAUAACUCUAGUCGAAGAACAAGGAAAACGUCAUUCUCAAGUUGAAAUUCUGGACACAAGAAUGGGAGUUCUGGCUCGACCCAGUGCUCGCAUUUUUCCACCGUUGUACGAAGAUCAGUUGGCUGUCCAUAUUGGAGCUGAUGCUGGUCCCCCUAUCCUCCGCGGCCGCCUGACGUCCCGGCCGCUGCCGGACGCGGCAGGCGAGGGUCCUGCGCUGCUCCGCCGAACCGACGCACGCGCACCCGUCUCCGCCACCCCCGUCGCUGGUCUUGCUUGGCUGUCGGUUGAUUCUCUUUGUGGAAUUCAUUAUGAGGUGGUAGUAACCAGCAACCCGGGCGUGUGGUCGGCGUUCCUCGAGACCCACGCGGCGUCGGGCGCUAACUCGCGAAUGCUGGCCGGCAUGGAAGGCUGCGUGCUGGAGCCCCACCCUGCAGAGCUGGCAGCCUUGUACACUGGAGCUGCCUAUCUGGAUCUGAGGGCACCGGACAACGACACUGCUUUAUUGCGCACGCGAUUACCACAGAUAAGCGUGCCCGAGUCGUGCCUACCAUCGUUGUCCUGGCCGACGGACAACACGCUGAGUGUCAACUACCCCCCAGAGCAGACGAACUCGCUGCCGCCAGACAACUCGUUGCCGAACACUGCCUCGUGCUACUAUAAUGGAAGAUUUUACGAAGACGGUGCCCAAUGGAUGGCAGCUGAGUCAUGCAACAUGUGCGGUUGCGAGCAUGGCGUCCUUCGCUGCGAUCCAGUCAGGUGUCCACCCGUUAACUGCGCCGUGCCAACUAUCCAGCCUCCGGGACAAUGCUGCCCUAUUUGCACCAAUUCUACCACAGCAGUAUGGAACGAGUCUCACGGCUGCCACUUAGCCGGGCAGUACCACGCGCCCGGCUCCUCGUGGCACCCGUACCUGGUGCCGGGCGGCUACGACACGUGCGCGGUGUGCACGUGCGAGUUCCCGACGCGGCAGGUGAAGUGCCCGCGCGUGCGGUGCCCGCCGCUCAAGUGCUCGGACAAGGAGGCCUACAGGCCGGACAAGAAGGCGUGCUGCCGGGUGUGUCCUGAGAAAAAACCUGAAGACGAAUCGCUCAUCAAAGAUCAAGAAGGUGCACCGAAGACUGCGGAAGAAAUCCUGGCCGAGGGAGGAUGCAAGUUCCCCUACGGACCGCUGGCCAACGGCAAGGAGGUGCACCCCAACAUACACUCGCACGGCGAGCAGCGAUGCGUCACUUGUCGCUGUAAGGAUGGCGAGGUGACGUGUGUGAAGAAACGGUGCGGGCGCGGCGCGUGCCUGCGGCGGCGGCGGGGCGACACGUGCUGCGCGUGCCCGCGCCACCGCCGCCAGCGCGCGCCGCGCCUGGCGCGCCCGCCGCCGCCGCCGCCGAGCUGAGCGGCCGGCGCGCCCCCGAGACCGACCACCCUGCUAUGUUAACAUCUGCGGCUAGCGGGAUUUAACGCUGCACCGACACGGCGAGCCGCCCGGCGGGUGUUGACGUGACACGGACGCCGGGGCCCCGCCGUCGGCCCCCGGCCGGCUCGUAGGCUAAGUGAGUGAACGCUUCGCUCUAUAGACUGAUAUAUUUUUAUGUACUCGUGCGAUUCGAAUGUCUAGUUGUAUGUAGUCGGCGGUCGCGGCGCGACCGCGUCGGCCCGGGAUUCCGAUCGACGGACGAAUUUUAGCUUUAUUGUGUAUUAUUCGGCGAUGAAUAUUUACUUACCCACCGGUAUUUUAAUUGGUAUUAUGAUGUCACGAAAUUUUAUAGGCGCAUUACACGCUGACCCGACAAUAAACACGUUUAGAGUAUUAGAGCUCGCGCCCGGGAGUGAGAGAACGCGAGCGGUUGAUAUCGUUGAAGAUGUGCCAUAUUCUCUUAAUGUAAAUAUAAAUUAUUAUUUUUUACUUUACUCAUGUGCAUAUUUAUUUACGAUUGUAACGUGUAUGUGCGUCACGCACGCUUAGGUAGUCGUGUUUGAACCAUCACAAGCUAUCAUUGGAUUGGUCGCCUGAUUUGUGCAUUUGCUUUUAGUUUUAUGUCAGUACAGUUAACUAAUUUAAUUUGUAGUCCUCUGUGGAAACUUGUCUGAAGGUGCUUUUAAGUCGUUGCAGCAAAGCAAAGCAGAGAUUUUAUAUUAUCGACUGCAAAACAGUCAUUUGUUUCAAAGCUUGUAA